AUAUAAAAAAAGAAAAUAUCAUUUCAAAUCUGAUUCUUCUUCUUUUAUUCCUCCACACCACUAAUAUUUUGGAGCUGAAACACUUACACAUUAUCUCUAAGUUAUUCCCUCCAACAAAACAUAAAACAUGGUUCUUGUUUCAAGUGAUGGAGAGAAAAAAGGCACAGAAGAAAUUGCGGCGGUCGAUUUUCGAGGUCAUCCGGCCGACAAAACAAAAACAGGAGGAUGGCUAGCUGCAGGACUAAUCUUAGGUACUGAACUAGCAGAAAGAAUAUGUGUUAUGGGAAUAUCCAUGAACUUAGUGACUUACUUGGUUGGAAGUUUGCAUCUUCAUUCAGCAAAUUCUGCUACCAUAGUUACCAAUUUUAUGGGAACUCUCAACUUGCUUGGCCUUCUUGGUGGCUUUUUAGCUGAUGCAAAACUUGGCAGAUACAUUACUGUUGCCAUUUCUGCAACCAUAGCUGCAGUGGGAGUAUGUUUGUUAACUAUGGCAACAACAAUUCCAAGCAUGAUACCGCCUCCAUGCAGUGAAGUAAGAAGACAACAUCAUGAAUGCAUUCAAGCAAGUGGAAAACAGUUAUCACUUCUGUUAGCAGCACUUUACACAAUAGCAUUAGGUGGUGGAGGAAUAAAAUCCAAUGUAUCAGGUUUUGGAUCAGACCAAUUUGACACAACAGAUCCAAAGGAAGAAAAGAACAUGAUUUUCUUCUUCAACAGAUUCUACUUUUUUAUAAGUAUAGGAUCAUUAUUUUCAGUGAUUGUUCUUGUGUAUGUUCAAGACAAUAUUGGAAGAGGAUGGGGAUAUGGAAUUUCAGCAGGUACAAUGUUGAUUGCAGUUGGUGUUUUGCUUUGUGGUACACCAUUGUAUAGAUUCAAGAAGCCACAAGGUAGUCCUUUAACUGUUAUAUGGAAAGUUUUGUUUUUGGCAUGGAAGAAGAGGAGUCUCACUAUUCCUCCAGAACCUUGUUUGCUUAAUGGUUAUCUUGAAGCUAAGGUCCCACAUACAGAUAGGUUCAGGUCCCUUGACAAAGCUGCAAUUCUAGAUGAGACCAACUCAAAGGAUGGAAACAGAGAAAAUCCAUUGCUGGUUUCAACAAUGACUCAAGUUGAGGAGGUUAAAAUGGUAAUCAACCUCAUUCCCAUUUGGUCAACAUGUAUCCUCUUUUGGACAGUCUAUUCACAAAUGAACACCUUCACAAUUGAACAAGCUACAUUCAUGAACAGAAAAGUUGGAUCUUUUGAAAUUCCAUCAGGAUCCUUAUCAGCUUUUCUCUUCAUUACCAUUCUCAUUUGCACUUCCCUAAAUGAGAAACUCACAGUUCCAUUAGCUAGAAAAAUCACUCACAAUGUUCAAGGACUCACAAGUCUUCAAAGGGUAGGAAUUGGACUCAUGUUCUCUAUUGUUGCAAUGGUAGUUUCUGCUAUUGUUGAGAAAGAAAGAAGAGACAAUGCAGUAAAGAAAAACACUACAAUAAGUGCUUUUUGGCUUGUUCCUCAGUUUUUCCUAGUUGGUGCUGGUGAAGCAUUUGCUUAUGUUGGACAGUUAGAGUUUUUCAUAAGGGAAGCACCUGAGAGAAUGAAAUCUAUGAGCACUGGUUUUUUUCUAACUACACUUUCAAUGGGAUAUUUUGUGAGUAGUUUGCUGGUGUCAAUUGUUGAUAAAGUGAGCAAGAAAAGAUGGUUGAAGAGUAAUUUGAACAAGGGUAAGUUAGAUUACUUCUAUUGGUUGCUAGCUGUGCUUGGAGUGCUGAAUUUUGUACUUUUUCUUGUCUUGGCAAUGAGGCAUGAGUACAAAGCUCAACACAACAACAUUGAGACUAAUGACAGUAUAGAGAAAGAGCUUGUGAUUGCUAAUGGAAUGGAAGAAGCAUAGAAUCUAUGGAAUGAAUUCCUCUUUAUUUGUUGGAUACUUCUGGUAAAAAAAGAAAGGCGCGCAGAAUUUAAUAAUAGUAUUAUUAUAUGUUAUGUGUCUUUUUUGUCUUAGUAGAAGUAUCCAGUAAUUGGAGAUGAUCCAGACUCAAAAUAUAUAGUCUUCAAAAGGAUUUCUUUAAAAAAGUUGGCAUUAUACAUUGUGUGUAAGAAAGUAAAUAUAAUGCCUCGUGUUUGUUGAUUUUGUGUGAUUAUAGCAUAGUUAAAGAAGGUGAUUGUUAUGUACUAUUAAGUGUUGACAGAUAUAUACAUUCAGAUUGUAAGUUGUUUCCAAAUAAAUAAGCAUUUGUGGAAGAAAUGAUUCCUAGA